AGGAGUCGAGAUUGAGCAAGUGUCGCGUUUACAACAUUAUGGAGUCAAAAUUGUUAAAUACCACUUGUAUAUGUGCUUUAGUGUGUGGAUUCGUGCUGUGUAUUGUUUUCGGUACAACCCCCACAUCAGCAAUUGAAAUAUAUACUGUUGCAGAAGUGGUUUUUGAGAAUGGCACCACAGGUAUCCUUAAAUGUUCUUUCAAAUCCCAAGACGUGGUCAGCAGUGGAGCUAUAGUAACCUGGACCUUUCAGCCGGCUGGAUCCCUCGAGCUUCCCCAUCUAAUUUUCUUCUUCAAUGGAAAGGAAUUCCCAACACCAGAGUACAGAGAGAGGCUGCAGUUCAUUGGAGACCUAAAUAAGAAGGAUGCUUCAAUCCAGCUGUCCAAGAUUCAAUUCAGCGACAAUGGCACCUACUACUGUGAUGUGAAGAACCCCCCAGAUUUCGUAGUCAUUCCAUCUCGCACUGUGCUCAGGGUUGUUCCUAAAGGAUCUCUUCCUCAGAGUAACACGACUGCCAUAGCAAUAGCAGUAUGUUCUGCUGUUAUUCUUCUCCUCCUCAUUGCCAUAGGGACCUGCGUUAUCAUAAAGCAGAAUCAUACCCGUCAAGAGUGUGAGGGAUGUAUGUCCAUGGAGAGUGUGAGCUCUCAUGCUUCACAACCCCAAAAGAAGGUGGAGCGUAGCUUGGAGGGCUCCAAGCGUAGCAGCUCCUCGGGCCCAGCACAGGGACCGGUGAUAUAUGCCCAACUGGAUCACUCUGGCAGAACAAAUCCCACCGCAUUCCAUAAGAUGGAGCCAGUAGUCUAUGCUGACAUUCGGAAAAACUAAAGAGAAAAGGGAGGAAUUGGGGACCAAAAAAAAGUUAAGGAUUACACCUUUAUUAGCUGCUCUUGAAAUGAGUAAGUGGGGAGGGGGUAUUUUAACUAGGAUGAAAGAAAUUGCAGAUUUAUUUAAAGAUUGCAGUUUAAGAGGGUUUAUUGUACCAAUGUCAUAUAAUGUAUUCACCAGGGCUUGAAAUUUAGACAUGCCAACUUGCCAAAUGCAGGUAAAAAGACGAAUUAAUGCUGUCAAACUACUAGCCAACUUGACAGAUGAUGAAUCUAGUUCUAAAUAGUUCUACAUCAGCAUCUGACUGAAGCAAGCUGAAGCCAUAAUUCUCUAACUAUACUUCUCAUGAACACAGUGUUGUGACGUAUAACACAAUGUAAAACAGAGCCCUCAUUUGUCAGGUCUGCUUCAGAAUUGACUGAGCAUGAGUGUCUCUGGCUCUCCCGACCGUGUGCAAAUGAACACUAUUGUUUUCUCACACUGACAUUUCCUUAACCAAUCCUUAACAAUAUUGAAAACAGAGAAGACUGCACACGUAAUGACAUAUUUCACAGAUUUUUUUUUUUUUGUCUUUCAGUUAUCAGAAUGCACACAGAAGACAAUUUGGCCCGAGUCACACUCCUGACAGAAUCAUUUUACUUUAAUAGUUUUAUUUUAUUUUCUUACACUCACACAUGCCUUUUGCGUGAUGCCAGGCAAGUAGCAAUAUUGCUAACCUGUGGCGGCAGCAUGAAUGUCUUUAUAUUGUUUCCUGCAAGACGUACCAUAAUAGACGAGACAAGGAAAAGAGUUGUCCAGAAAUAGCAACUGCUCUUGAUUCAUCUGUGAUAUCGCUAGUUCUGAGUGACUAAGUGGCUAAGAAGUUUAAAAUCUACUAGCCGUAUUGUCUGGUGAUUAAAAAAGAAAUAUUUCAAGCCAUGAUAUUUACCAACUAGAUGCUGAAGAAAUUAUGCAAUGGCAUUUGAAAAACCUAAUUACACAUACAGCUAGGGCUGGGCGAUAUGACCUAAAAUUCAUAUUGCGGUAUAAAUUGAAUCCCUUCACGGUAACGGUAUAUAUCGCGAUAUAAACUUAAGUGUAAAAAUUAUAAUGGAAGUGUUUCUGAAUGGGUUGUAUAGUCCCUUAGCAAAGCUAAAUUGAUAAAAAAAAAAAACAGAUAUAAUGUAAUUUUGAGAACAUUUAUUGUGCAGAUCUCAAAAUUAAAACUCAGCACUCUAUGGUGCAAAAUAGUGCAAACGAACACAAAUAACAUUGCUGAUAUUUUAAAUAAAAACAGUACAACAGGCUGUUGUCUAUA